UCUGGGCCGCGUGAGAGGGUGGUUGGGGUGUUGUCGGAAGGGUGGAGGUGUCGGGCGCCAGUCGCUGCGCGGACGUUGAGCUCGGGUUUUCUGUCGUUCUCAUGAGCCUUUUUUUCGGUAUCCUCCUCCUCUCAGUCGACGUCGUUUUUUUUGCGCCACAUCAAUCGAGAUCGAGAGAUCUUCUCGUGAUCUUGACGUGAUCUUGUUCGUUUUUUCUUUUCUUUUUGUGAGACCUUGGAGGGGGACAGAGGUGCAGCCGGACGUAGAAAGAGGGUGAGAUUGUUUUCGCGUGUGCUCCAGCAGAAACUUGCGUGAUCGAAAGCCGGCAGUGCAUGGAAGGAUGUAGAUCUUGUGUCCUGUCUCGUGCGCUCUCGAGGGAUACUAGAAGAUCCUGUGUCCUCCCUGGAGGAGAUACUCGCGGUCAUGGCGAACGGCGUCUCAUGACGGUCCUUGGUGGGCGAGUUUGGAGAUAAGAACCCAGCCAUCCUUGUAGGAUUCCGCCUCUGGGUGUUACGUUGAGCUGAUGACCUCGUCGGCAAUCCCUCACUCACCACCGCGUCGACGCGAUCGAAGCACCGCAGCCUCCCUUCACGAACGCUGAAGGGUCAGCGCGCGAGGGUGGGUCAGCGAAAAAUGCGAUAGGAACGGAGGAGCACGGUCGCGCCUCCAGAGGAAGAAGCGGACGAAGACGAAAAAAGGGUUCGUCGCCCGAUGAGAGAGCACCAUGUGCCCGAUCGCACCGGCCUGGUGGCGGAGAAUUGCCCUCCUCAGCACGAUGCUGCUGCUACUGCUAUCCUGGAGGGUGGGUGCGGCGGAGGGCUGCCCAAGCAUGUGUGCGUGCAAGUGGAAGGGCGGGAAGGAGUGGGUGGAGUGCGCAAAUCGCGACCUCAAGGGGCUGCCGCAAGGCGCCCGGGAGGAAACGCAGGUGCUCGACCUGUCGGACAAUCAUCUGGUCAGUCUGCCGUCCGAGUGCUUCCAAGCCCUCGGCCUAAUCAAUCUCCAACGUCUCUAUCUGGGCAGGUCCCAUAUCAGCCGAAUUUCCUCCGAGGCGUUCGUCGGCCUGGUCGGCUUAGUGGAGCUGGAUCUGUCAGAGAACCUGAUUCAGGAGGUGCCUACGGACACAUUCAAAUCCUAUCCAAGUCUGAUGAGGCUCACACUGAAUGGCAACCCGAUCAAGGAGAUUCGUCAGAGUGCAUUUCGCCAUUUGAUACACCUGACCUAUCUGGACAUGAGCAACUGUACGAUAGAAGUCAUCGAGCAACAUGCUUUCGAGAACCUCCAGUCGUUGGAAUGGCUUCGGCUGAACGACAAUCGGCUCGUUUACGUGCCUGAUCAUACUCUGCCACUAGGGGGAAGUCUCAGGGGACUGAGCCUACAUAAUAAUCCAUGGCAAUGUGAUUGCAAACUGCGCAUUAUGCAGACCUGGCUGCAGGAGUCGGCACCAGUAGCGCCGCAGGAAUCCGAGCCCGUGUGCGAAUCCCCGGAGAGAUUACGCGGACGACAAAUCAAGCUCCUCAAGCUUAAUGAAUUAGCCUGUUUACCGCGUAUAAAUCUUCAAGAUCACGUGGAAAUCUAUGAAGGCGAGAACGUUACUCUCAAGUGCGACGUUCACGCGAUACCGACUGCCAAAAUCGCGUGGUCGUUCAAUGAGGAUCCGUGCGAAUUGCAAAAUGAAAACGACUCCAUAGCCAACGGUAUUUCUAUGUUUCCAAGAUGCAUCUACCGACAACGAGGCGGGACCAAUAUAAGCAGCACACUGUUUCUCUACUCGGUUGAGUCGCUCGAUGAGGGUGUCUACAGGUGCAUCGCGGACAACAACGCAGGAUCCGCGGAGGCAAAUCUGUCCCUUCGCGUGCUCUUCCGCGAGAAGCCCACUGUGGAGCCACCCUCCGACAAUCCCGCAUCCGGCUACGUGGCCGCGAUAGCCGCAGGUGCACUGGUGGGCACCCUAUUGGCGCUGGGUUGUCUAGUGGGCAGCGUGAUAUACUGCGCGAAGAAACGUCGUCGCGAUCGGAAGCGCAAUUCAAAGGCGUUGGUGACACAAAGCAAGUCGGUACUGCCUAUCACGAAGGAUACCACUAGCAGUUCCUGCCGGAAAGGUAACGGGAGCCUGAUCGGCCUGGAGCAUCAACAGAUGGUGUCCUACACCGAGCGGGAAAUCAGUCGGGCGGCCACUCUGGAACACCGGGAACACUCCAGAAACAACUUAGACGCUUACCGGGUAGCCAGUCCAGUCGCCAAGUAUCUGACCGAGCCGGAUCUGAUCAAUGAAGUACCCGAGACCACUGAGGUAGGGUACGGUCAGUUGUACGGGCGACACCAUCAGCGAACCGGAGGUGCCGACCGACAGAUUUUGGAAUACGACUCGGGUUAUCCGCUGCAGCCUGACCUGCGACCACCGCCGGUUCUGCCGCAGAUGAGUUAUCUGGAUCAGGACGGUUACCCACUGAACUUUGGCCUGCCCAAGAUCUCUUUCACCGCCAGCACCCUGCCGAGACUACGGCAGAGGAUGUCGGAGCCCGGCUCGGCGGCUUCGCCGGCAGCUCGGUACUCGCGCGAAGCUGAGUUUCUGGCGAGAUCGCCGGGUUACGAUCUCGUUCUACCGCGAACUGACGCCAGAUACACCGCUGAGGGUUACCCCUAUCCAUUGCAUCAGCAGCAGUUGCAACAGCAGCAGCAGUCGCAACAACAACACCAACAGCAACAGAUAAUGCCACCACCACUAGCGAUUCAACCGGUCGAGCAACCGAUUCAGCAACAGCUGCCCGUUCAGUCGCCAGUUUCGCCGGUCGCUGUCUUCCCGGAAGUACCCUUCAUACCAUCACCCCCGGCGGCUUAUAGGGGCGAGACCACUCCACUGUCACCGAGGUCUCUUCUCGGCAAAACCGCUCGCGAAGCUGCAGCCGCGGCUGCCGCGAGGGCGGAGGAGCUCCAGCCUCCGAAUCAUCCGGAGAGUCCUGAUGAGGGCUACGUGGGAGAUGCUAUGGAUGUAUGAAAAAUCGCCAAGAGACCAUGAGAGAAACACAAUCUGGUCUGAAAAGCGUGGGAGACGUUCUGAAUCUACUGUGAAUAACACAGACAUUAUCAUUCGCUUCUCGUGGUUAUAUCCGUUUUCCACGGAUCUACCUUGGAGUAAAGAUUUCUUGGAAGCGAUUGAGAUUCUUCUGCGAAAAGUCUACCGCACAUAGUUGAAGUUUCCCGGGAGUGAAGAAGUUUCAAUGCACAAAUUUUCCUUAAAAUAACUCGAAGGAGUAGCUCAUUAUUUUCUCAAGAGAAGCUCUAUUUUGUGAUAGCAAAUUCUUGAGCGGUCGUAUAACUCGCACAAAUAUAUGUGAAUAUCCGUAGACCGUCUUUCAAGUUUGUUUCGAGUACGAAGAAAUUAGUUCGGGAAAAACAGUGUCUGUGUCAUAUUCGUACACAAAUUUUUGUACGUGUCCAUCAGCGAUGGUAACAUCGUGACAGUUCAAGAAGAAGAAUCUGUCCCCGUUGCUUUUGCUCAGAAUAUUGAUCCAGCAAGCUUAACGACCUAUACAUUUGCAUAGAACUUUUCGCGUAAUUUUUACAAUUACCUCCCACGCGCGUCAGAUGUCAGGCAUGAAGACCUUAAUGAAACGACGAACGACCCGUACUACCGGCAUCAAGGAGGAAAUCUGUCCUCGUCACGUUACCAGAUUAAUUCACGGAGGAUAACAGGGUCCAGGAUGUGAUUGGCGGAACAGGUCCGUCCGAGACGGCGCGAACAAAGGACACGGUGGAAACGUAAUAGAUUAAUCAGAAGGCACGUCUCGAAUGUCGUCGCGGUGCACAGUCCUCGUCAGAAUCAAGGAGAACGACGCAGAUGUUCAAUGGUAGGACGCGUCGAUCCCCCGGUGCAUUCGAGGGAAAUCGACCCCAAAAAAUUUACGCGGAUCGCGUUUAAAUGCGGCGAGUGCUUUUUCGGACAUAAAAAUGGCGGCCGGAUUUAUUUAAACGGCGUGUCGCGCGCUCGUGAAAUACGGCGACGUUCUUUGGACGCGCUCCAAGGAGAAAACGUUCGGCCGCGCUGAAAAGGAACCAAGAUGGCGUGACUGAUCCUUAAAGUGAUAGAUAAAUGUUUGGCGGACUCGAUCGAGUGAAACGCGUCUCGGGGACACCGAAGACGCGCUUUCAGCAUCGCGCGCAAGGACGUGACUGGUGCUCAAAGCGAUUCCUCCGUCAGGAUUCGCUGAGAAAUGCGACAUUAAUUAAAUUUAAUUGUUCAUGUUGACUCCGGAAAGUUUUAACAGUUGCGAUAAAUCGAUAAUUGCAGGACGGACGAGUCGAUAAAAAUAUAAAGAUGAUGCAAGAAGAAGACUGUCCUCUUUAAUCGUGAAUGUUACAUAUAGAUAUUUGAGGACGUUUAUAAUUAUGGUUUGCUCCUGUAACGCGACCUUCAAAGAUAAUUUUGCAGGAUUUUUUUAGCGGACUAUUAUUAUAUCGAAGAGAUAUAAAGUUUAUUGUACUGUUCGUCGGAUUUGUGAUGAUGAAAAAGUGAUCUGUGCGCGUUAAUUAAUUCCGAUGGUUCUCAGAUUGCUCUGCUGUUGUUAGGUUCGAGAAAAUGGUGUUGCAUCCCCCAUACGUGCGCGAUAGGUGAUGCUCAUGGCCCGGAAAUCUGCUCAAACCAUCCCCGCACCCUCCGGCAGCACUUUGUUCUAGAUUCACAGAACAGAUAUCGUUGAUUUCGAUCGAGGACUCUCGGUCUCGGCGUUUCAGGCGGAGACGCAGUUGUAGCGAUUCUGCUGUAGUGAUAAUAAUGUUAACUUGGUGUUUAAGACUGGCGAACUGUGCGCGAUUAGGAAGCCGCAGUGACGCUCGACCUGAUGUACAGAGAUCGUUGAACGUACAGGGUGCUCUGAAAACAGUGUAUACCGAGAUUGCAUCGAUGAGAGGUCUCUGAGGAUUUCCUCCGAGGAAAUUUUCAAAGGCUUCCGAAAGCGAAAGAAACCCAUUAAUCUUGAUUUUUUCUAGAAGAAGAAAAUUAAAAGCUUGAGAGAGGAAUCGAGAGGAUUAAGGGACUCGACGUAACGUAAUUCGACUCGACACUGAAUUUCAUUUAUCAGAAUUUUAAGGAACGACGAUUUAUCCAAAUUGUUUUCGUUUCAUUAUUUCAUUAGGCUCAAUAUCUCGCUGAGGAACAUUUCGCGAGUUAAUUUCAAUCUGCGAGAGUGGUAUACGUCUUUUCUGGGACGCCCUGUAAAGCUAUAUACAUAUGUGCGUAUACAUAAAUAUAUUAUAUAUACACACAACACAGAUAGAUAUAUACAUAUUAUAUGGCGCGACUACUAAGGAACCACUAAGGAACAAGAACCGGUGAAAGUAGUUAUUUUUUAAAGGUGUCUUCGAGACUACGAUUCGAGCUGGCUUCGCUCUCUCAGAUAUUCAGCCGGUUCAUCACGGUCGAUAGAUUUGGACUGGAAUAAAAAUUGAGCGUUUUUGCUGUUUCCGUACGAAAAAGUACUACGGGGUAACACCUCGUACAAGCGGAGUUCGCGACUUCCGACAAUUUGGAAAAUGCUGAUGGACUGAUGACGAAUUAUCAUAAGUGCAAGCUGGCGCCGGAUGUGACGAGAGAAUGCGCUUUGAGGAAGGGUCGAGUCCUGGACGACCCUUUCGUCGUUAGAAGUACUCGGCGAGGAAACUGGUUUCCUUUCCUUUCGUCGUAAUCAUGACACGAUUCACGGAUGAACAGUGUUUGCCUUCCAGUCUGGUGAUUCGCAAGGAUAUAGAAUCCUGCCGUGUCCCUUAAGCUUUGCCGACGAGAUAACUCGAAAUUCGUCUUCCCUUAGAGUUUCGCAUAUAACAAUAUUUCAUCCUGUAUGUGUUCCGAGACAACUAAUUUAUUUACGUUUCGAGAAAUUUCAGGCGAAACGAGAAUGUCUUAGACAAGAGAAGUUCCUGAUACGCCAGGGAAUUAAAACGGUCUCUUGUAGUCAAUUAAAAUUAGCUGUUUUAAAUUAAAUUAAAAUCCUGCACUUUCAAAUUGAUGAAACGAGAUAGAGAAAGACAAUUGACAUAUUGAAAUUAAAAUAAUUGUUUUUUAAUUAAAUGGAAAUAUUUUCUUUGAAAAGGAAAUGACCAUAAACAUUCUUGAAAAAGUCGCGAAUAAUAAGGUAUAUUUUUUGUUUGCGCAAUAUUAUCGGGAUCGUCAACUUUUCGAAAUUCUGUGUAUGGAGUUGUAGGAGCGAAUGCAAUUUCACGCAGUGACGAUAUUCUGCAAAGAGAGUUUCGUAUUCACCGUUUCAUUUAAUUAGAACUUUUUAAACGAGCUUGCUAACGAGAAUAACUUCGAGGCGCGUGGUCAAUUUUGCAAAUUUCAAUUAAUCUACCACAAAUAGGCGAACCAUUAGGCCGUAUUUUCGACAAAAUUUCUGACGAAAAUAUUAUUAUGUUAAAAUCGCAAAUGUUCAAUCGAACUCAAGUUCAGCAAAAAUUGUUUGAAAUUUAAAAUUACAUCGAGAUCGUUUUACAUGAUACCAUUAUGAUAAAUUAUGUAACAUUGCUACAUAUUUUAAUGAAAUUCUUCUGUCUUUUUUGUAUUUACUUUUUUCACUUGAAGAAAAAGAAAAAAGAAAAUGCAUAGAAUAUGGAAUAUUUAUUAGAUAUUUAAAUAUUGCGAUUCAAGUGCUGAAAAAUAUUUCUUAGGAAAAUAAAUAAUUACACAACGUACAGCGCUACGUUUAAUCGCUAUUUCCUUAAGAAACUUCCUAAAGGGCUUUCCUGAAAGACCUCGCCUGUGGGUUGAAUAAAUAAUAUCGUUAUGUGAAAUUAAAUUUCGCGAUAAAAUGCAUCUCCUUGAGGGAAACCUCGUAAAGAUGAUUAUUUCACGUAUCAAAGGGAUUAGAAGCGUAAGAUUCCACGUCGAUUUUACAUUUUUUAAAGAAGUCCGAGUUUCCAAGAUAACAUUUUCCAUAGGUGAAAAUUUUUCAUAGAACAUUCUAGUGGCUUCAUGCAUAUUUAUUCGCAUCGAUUAAAAUCCGGUGGAAAGAAAAUAAAAGUACAUUCAAAACAAUUUCUCUCUUGCAAAAAAAUCUAAACUAGGAAGUUCGAUUUUUUCGUUUCCACUUCAACGCCGUUCUUCUAAAUCGUUUUUUUCGUAGAUGAAAUUUUCAUCAUUGCCGGUCUGUCACUUCCUUCGUAUGUAUUUUUGCCGAAUUGACGAUCCAGCGAUUAAAUGCGGGAACAAGAAAAACAGUGGCAAAGUUUAACGAUCUUGCUCACAGUGGAAUUGCAUUCGCUCGUUUGUCCGAGUUAAAAUGCAUUCCUCACUCUCUUUGUCCAUUGUUCGCGUUUUUAUUUCUUAUUUAUCUCUUCUCGUCUGUGCACACUAAUUAUAACCGCCGCGGCCGCGAGCUUGUUCGGUAACGAUGUCGUUUUUAGUGAAAAUGUCUCGGGAAGCUUUCCCAGAUUUUCCUCGAGAAUUUGUACGGACCGCAUUUUUCGAAAUGUAUUUCAUAAGGAAAUUAUACGAGUUGGGUGAUAUUUUUCUUCUUCUUUUCUUCUAGAACUUCCGAUUGUUUCAACUUUCGCGACUUUCAAUAUUUUCAACGUGGAUGGGAAUACUUCAGAAACAAAAUUUUGCUCUGAUAAAUCGACCGAAUUAAAUUUCCUAAGGAAAUCAUACGCGCGGAAUUUCAUCGUAUAAAGGCUUAGCGUCCCGAGAUCGGUCGUGAAUAUUAAUCGGCUUUCCUCUUGCAGACUCGCGCAGUGAAACAUUCACGCCGGGGAAAAUCUCGCGAGGAAAGGGAACCCGCCCUAUUAACUUCCCUCGCAUUCACAACGUGCCGCUACGAUGCUUUCCGGUAAAUGUAAUCACACGUCGAUGCAUUAAUCAGCCAGCUAACGAAACUCUGGGUAACUCCUCCCGUCGGAUAUGCACGUCAGUUAGAAGUUGAGGGGAGAGACGGGAUGACGACGGCGGAACGUACCUCGGUUAAAUGGGAAACGUCCCUCCGGGGACUAUCGGGAAUUGUUAUAAUUAAUUAUUAUGUCUAGAUUUAAAUAUUUUGCAUAUUCUGAUCUGGCAACUCGAAAAUGUUGGAAGAAAUACUGUCGACUUAUAACUAUCUAUUUUCAAUAGAGUAUAACAAUAUGGCAAACAAGUUGAUUUUGUUCUUUUGUAGAGUAAGUACUCUGGCGGAAGGAUAUUAUGUGGCGAACGCGGGAAGUUUAUGAAUUCUCAUGCUGCGAGGUUGAUUAUGGACAAGGCUGUGUACGUGAGUGUUGCGUGUGUAUGUGCGUGCGUGUGUGAGUGACGGGAAGGAUAAGAGCGAAAAGCGAAAAGAGGAGAGAGCCGAGCGGGAUAACGUUAAGUAUACACGAGAAAAUGAGGGCCGAAGCCACACUCGAAUCGAUCUCCUUCGAAACCACCCGUCCUGCCACUCCACCGCUCCCUUUUUCCACGCAUAAACCACCCUCCCUUCUCGACCGUAUAAAACUCCUGCGGAGAGUUACGACUCCAGGACACAGGCACAAUCCUGCAUAUACGGACGGACGCACACAUUCGUUUUGCGUACUUACUUUCAUACAUGCACACGGAUACGUACACAAAUGUACACACACACUGUACACAUACCGAACACACGCGUGCAGUACACACGAUGUUCCGAACGAUUGAGCAAUACGAUUUGUAUUACCGUGUAUAACGUAAUGUAUUCGAUUCUGCACAUGUCGUACGUACUUUGGAUGUAGCGAAGGAUUUUUCACGACUGAUAUGAGAUUAAAGGAAUAAAGAUAGCUUUUGUAUUAAA